AUGUCGUGUUCUGCUCGGCUUCUCUUCGUUAUGGAAAUUGUGCCUCUGAAUAUUCCUUUUCUUCUUGAUUCGCAUGUGUAUACAGAGCUUGCUUACACUAUGGAGGUAGAUGAAAGCUGUGAUACCUACAGCUUUGGAGUGCUAUCAUUGGAAGUGAUUUUAGGUAGGCAUCCAGCCGAUAUUGCUCAGGCUAUAUCAUCAAAAACCGGCCUUGACAUAUUGUUAAAGGAUUUCAUUGAUCAACGGCCAUCACCUCCGUUUAGAGUGGUUGAAGAAUUGAUCAACAUCACAAAGAUAGCAUUGACAUGUCUUCAUCCCAGUCCACAACUUAGGCCAACCAUGCAACAAGUUUCUACAUCUUUAGCCAAAGAAAAGCCACUUAUGAAUAACUGUUUUCCUUUUAUUACUUUAGGCCAAGUGAUUGAUCUUGAAUUAGGAAGUACCUAA